UACCGAGCGAGUCCUCCGGUUAGCUCCGAGCUCUUCGUCUCUCAACAAUCAAAAACAGAGAUUUGCUCAAAGAAACAGAGAUUUUCCAGCGGGGGCCGUUUGCGGUGAUCCAUUGAGCCCGUCCACCACGCAUCAAAUUCGGUUCUGCUGAGGAGAGAGAGGGGGGAAAGAACGGUGCUGAAUGAACAGUGAAUGAAUGCGGAGCGGUCCAAAGAGGCGUCUGGACGCGGACCGGUUCGUGGGAUUUCAGAGUCCGGAAUAAAGAGGGACGAAUUGAUGGUGUGUUCACAGAAUGACGGCGGACCAGAUUGGCAUCAUCAUGACUUGGCUGUGGAUUUUAACUUUGACCAUCAGCGUGAACAGAGUGGUUGGUGGUCCGCGGUUCUCUCAGGAGCCGGCAGAUCAGUCAGUGGUGGUCGGCGAGAGGGUGGUUCUGUCCUGUGUGGUGUUUAACUAUACCGGCAUUGUACAGUGGACCAAAGACGGACUUGCUCUUGGCAUCGGAGAGGAUCUGAGAGCAUGGCCGCGGUAUCGUGUUUUGCGUAUAAUGGACGUGGGGCAGUUUAAUCUGGAAAUUACGUCAGCAGACCUGUCGGAUGAUUCACUGUACGAGUGUCAAGCCACUGAAGCUGCUUUGAGAUCCAGAAGAGCCAAACUUACUGUUCUUAUCCCACCUGAAGGUCCUGUUAUUGAGGGCUCUCCAGAGAUCCUGUUAACUGCAGGAUCCACAUAUAACCUCACCUGUGUGUCUCGAGGAGCGAAGCCGAUGUCGACUAUAGAAUGGUUCAAAGACGGGAUUAUAGUGGAGGGAGCACUGACUAGCACUGAGGUGUUAUCAGACAGAAAGAGAGUGACCACCCGGAGUUUUCUGGAGAUCCAUCCAUUGGAUACAGACACGGGACGAAAUUUCACCUGUGUGGCCGCAAACCUGGCCACCCCGCUGGGGAAGAAGGCCACUGUCACUCUCAACAUCCACCAUCCUCCCACAGUGAUUCUGUCCAUAGAGCCUCGCUCUGUUUUAGAAGGGGAGAGGGUUAAGUUUACCUGCCAGGCCACGGCCAACCCUCCCAUUAUGGGUUUCAGGUGGGCUAAGGGUGGUGUGAUUUUAGACGGGGCGAGAGAAAGUGUGUUUGAGACCACAGCAGAUCACUCGUUCUUCACCGAGCCUGUGUCCUGUCUGGUGUUUAACCCGGUGGGCAGCACUAACGUCAGUAUAUUGGUGGACGUCCACUUUGGUCCAAUUCUGGUGGUGGAACCAAGGCCUGUAACAGUAGAUGUUGACUCUGAUGUCACACUCAAUUGUAAAUGGUCAGGAAAUCCUCCACUCACCCUCACAUGGACCAAGAAGGGCUCCAGUAUGGUCCUCAGUAAUAACAAUCAGUUAUUCCUGAAGUCUGUUAGUCAGGUGGAUGCUGGGCAGUAUGUGUGUAAAGCCAUUGUUCCCAGAAUCGGCGUUGGUGAGACCGAGGUCACGCUCACUGUCAAUGGUCCUCCGAUCAUCUCAAGCGAGCCAAUCCAGUAUGCCGUGAGAGGAGAGAAGGGAGAAAUCAAGUGCUACAUUGCCAGCACCCCUCCGCCGGACAAAAUUGUGUGGGCAUGGAAGGAGAAUGUGUGGGAGAAAGAGAGAGGGACGCUGUUGGAGAGAUACACAGUGGAGCAGAGCAGACCUGUGUCACAAGGUGGCGCCGUUCUCUCAACUCUCACCAUCAACAAUGUCAUGGAAUCUGACUUUCAGACCACUUAUAACUGCACUGCAUGGAAUGCUUUCGGGCCGGGAACCAUGAUCAUUACUCUAGAGGAGACAGAUAUAGUGCCUGUAGGAGUGAUAGCAGGUGGAUCUGUUGGAUCUUCCAUUCUGCUGCUGCUUCUUCUGUUUUCUCUUAUAUUCUAUAUCUACCGACAGCGCAAAGGCAGUCGUCGUGGAGUCACGCUGAAACCGGACAUUAAGGUGGAAACGGUCAACAAGGAGAGCCACAGUCUUGAGGAAGAGACUGCCAGUGCAUCCACUGCAACCCGAAUGGUAAAGGCAAUGUAUUCUUUUCUUCCCUCUGUCUCCCUCUCUCCCUCCACACAGCCUUUCAAAGACGACAUGGACCUGAAGCAAGACCUUCACAACGACACUAUGGAGACCAAGGUGGAUGAAUACGAGCCUAAGGACCCCACUAAUGGCUACUACAACGUUCGAGCUACGACGCACGAGGACGUCCGAGCAUCUUCCCGCUCCCUGCUCUACCAAGAAUUCCGUCCUCCGAAUCCAGCGUCGGUAUCAGCAACAGCCAGCGGCCCGGUGCACAACAUUCACCCUGCGCCCACGGGCCGUUACGAACCACGGCCGGGUUCCCGAAUGGCUCACAACACAUAUUUUAACACCAUCGCCAGGGUGACACAAAGUCAAGCACCGGCCAACCCCAGCUCCAAGACCACGGACUAUCCUGGAGAUCGCGGGCUGCUGGAAUCAACCAAUCCCUUAGCUUUUGACAGCUAUGCUUAUUCAACAACACCUCAGUACAGAUUAGGGUUCGCCCCACCUUUGGAAGGAGGACCGGCUUAUGAAAUGUAUCCUACGGGACCUACGGGACAAGGGGCAGGGACAAGUCAAGGGGCGGGGCAAGAAGCCAGUGCGGGAAAAUACACCAGCUCCGCCCAAUUUCCAUAUGCGACCCCUCCUACGGAGUACUCGCAGAGACACACGCAAAGAAUGCAGACUCAUGUGUGAGACAAACACACGCUGGCACAUUUGUGCCCACAAAAGUCUCUUUUCUACCUUUACAUCAAUAUUGCGAUAGAUGCAGACUUUACAAAAAAAGAAAAAGUGCCAAAUUAUUGUUGAACAAAAAAAUGAGCCAAUCAGAAAAAGAAUACUCAUAAGAGGUUACAGCGAGAGAGCAUGCACCAUAACACAGAGCAUCAUCUACCUUACAACCAAAUGUGAGGUAGAAGAGACAAAUCCAAUUCCCAGAAAUUCUGUUCUCUCUUAUUCUUCAUGACUGACCCUCCACGCCAUAAUAAACUCCUGCAAACCAACCAUUGGACGGUUUUUGUCUGUGUGAGGUGUGACGGUCAGUAGGAAUGACCAAUAAGAAAGGCUGGAGGGCAUCAGAAGCCACCUACUAUAGGAAGUGAAUGCCCAGUGAAAGCCAGAUUGUUCUGCACUGGAUAGGACUGUGCAUUUUGUGCCACCACACAACUUAAUAAAUACGUCGUGUUUUAACAUUGUGUGUAUUUGGGGCGGGCGCACGAUGAUUGUAUUAUUUACUGCAAACGUACAAAAUAAGCAAUGAACCUUGCAGAAAAGUCAAUCAUAAAGUUGACAAUCGUUUGUGAAAACAUGUACUGUACCUCACAACAAGCAACUCGGUGGAGAAGGGUCACCCAACACAUGGUUUCUAAAGCGUAAUGCCUGCACUGCCCAAGGAUUAGCUUUCUGCUGCCAGUUUGGACUCUUCUGACCAGGAUGGAGAUCUGAGUAUCUGGAUAAAUACCACCAGUGCUUUUAACUCUGAAAGCUGGAGUUUGUAACAUUAAGGAUGGAUGUUUUUUAAUAGACGCUAUUCACCAGACUCUCUCGUGAACACAAGCUCUGCCUCCUUCCAAGAAAACCUCACAAGUAUUUGACACUUUAAGUGUUUAUAUAUAUAAAUGUAUGUGCGUCUGAGUGUUUUCGCUCAUGUAAUGUGCAGGAUGAUUUUGAAUGUGCAAUCUUCAUUUGUUCGGUUUCUUUUUUCUAAAGUGUCCACGUAUUCGUCCGUCACUUUCAAAGUAGAGUAGUGUGCUUUUCCAUAUUUGUAUCUAGACCGAAUUGCAUUUGAAAGCGCUUUUAUAGUAUUUUUCUAAGGUGGUGAAAAAACGAUAAAAGAUUGAAUGGUUUUUGGUAAGCAGUGUAAAGGGGAAAAGUGGUUUUAAAAACAUUUUUAACAAUUAUGAUUUGUACAUUUGUCUGCAUUCUGUAAAGGGAAAUUGAGCAGAAUUGAUCAUUAAGGUUAAAAACUAAGCAGCGUCAUUUGACCCUUACGUUUUUGAGACACCAGUGUCACAUGAUAAAAUUGAUAUGCAAAUUGAAGGGCUUUUCCCUGUUUGACUCUCAACAGACUUUUGUCCUCUGCAGUCACUCAACGUUUGUGCAGAACAUGUUUCUCUGCUGUUGAGUUUAAAUCUGACUGGAUUUAAUUUAGCCUGAACUGAAGACUUAAGCCAUGGUACAAAAUAAAAUAAAAACAAAAUUGUUCAAAUUAUGCAAUGAUUAUAAACUCCACAUUCAUGAGAAAGAGAACUGUACAGCACUAUGUAGAUCUUAACAGGAGAAGCUAUUUCGAAAAUUUGGCUGCUUAAUAAUAUUCAGUCAAAGUUCUGUUUGUGUACAAUGCUCCAGAUAUGAGCUGAUGUCUUACGGGGGAUCCGGGUUAUGUCCAGGUCCCUCGCCUUGUCGCUCACCCCCAUUCUCCUGCCUACUUUGCUAUUACAUGUACAGGCAAUAAAACAUGAAAAUAUUAAACAAAAAUUGUAUAGGUUCUCAAAGAAUAAUUUCUUAACCUUUUCAUACAUGGUCAUAAAGAACCCUUUUUUCCACCAGAGUGUGGUUCUUCUAUUACAUUGUGUAGUGUAGUAGCGCCUUUAUUUUUAUUAAGUUUUCCAUGAAUACGGUGCAUUUUGUGUCCCUUUAGUUUCUUUAUAUGCCUUUAAAUCCCUUUAACUGCACAUUUUACAUAGAAACUCGGUUUAUGUACACAUUUUCAGAACCUAAAAUGGUUUACAUUGCAUGAUGAUGUACAUUUUAUCACUAUACUAUACAAAUGCUGGGUUAUAUUAAACAAACCCAACUGGUGGUUUAUAAAUUGCUGGGUGAAAUAUAAACAAAUAUCAAAUAUUUCUUUAAAAAUAUUUAAGCCAACUUUUGGGUUGGUCUCUUUUGAGCCCAACGCUGAGUUGUUAAAUGUAUGUGAUCCCUGGAAAUCAAAUCCAUAAGCCUUUAGAGAAAGAAAACAUUUCCCAACAAUAAAAGUAACAAAUUAUUUUGCUUAGUUUCUGGACCUGUUUUGUCCCCUAUUCAUGGAAAGUGCAUAAAUAAAUUCAAUUAUUUCUACAUAUCCAACAUGUUAAUGUACCAUGAUGGUUUGGAGAGUGAUUGAGCAGGGAAAAAUAAAUGAAUUGUCAAAUGAUCAAACUGACAUAUCAAAGAUAGAUUCAUAGAAUGGGAGUUGAAUAUUAAGUGAUUAGAAUAUGAAUUUGAGCAUGCAUGUAUUUUUAAUGUGACCCCAGUUUCAUUUUCUCAUGUUUGUGUUAACAAGGACUGUACUUCAUACUAUGAGGAACUUUAUUUUGUCAUACAUUUUUAUAGUUUCAUUCAUCUUUUCAUAAUGUAAAAUACAAAAUAGAAAUAUAUGAGUUACGUGCU